AUGAAGUACGGCAAACAGCAGAUGGUGCUCAUCCGGAAGCGGAUGCAGGUGGAAAACUGGGUGGAGGAGGAGGUGACGAAGCUGUACGGGGGGAAGGAUGAAAAUGGCGUCGAGUUGGAGCUGGACGACCUGCUGGCCCUGGACACCGCGCAGCAACGGCGGAAAUUUGCCUAUGACGAGCUGCAGAAGCACUUUUGUCCAGCAUCAAUGGACCGGAUCACCGCUUUCCUAGACGGGCUCAUCCGGCAGCUGGCCGCGUUU